ACCCAUGACCUUGGCGUUUGUGCCGUACAGCAGUUCGGGGUCAUUCACGAAUAACCUUUUUACGUAAAAAACGUUCGGAUGCAUUUUUAACUUUUUAACUCGAACGCUGCAUUUUUAAAAAGUUCUUCAUGCAUGGGACGCAGGUGCAACGGUUCUCAUGCAAAGUUUGUGUCGAAAAACAACGGAACAGUUGCUCAGUGCAAUGCAAAAUGCGUUCGGCGUGAAUGCUUGUUCGGUUUUAAGGGUUAGUUCACCCCGAAAUGAAAAAUUCUGUCAUUAAUUACUCGCCCUCGUGUUGUUUUAAACCCGUAAGAGCCAUUCUCAGAAACAUAGCAAGGUAAAACAAACAUCAGUAGCUCAACUCAAGCUACUAGAACGCUUUUAAUGCACAAAGACAACAGUUUCUUGAACAAUUUCUUCUCCCCUGCCGUUUUGGAGAAUGCUUUCUUUGUGCACAAAAAGCGUUAGCAUAGCUAAAAUGAAGUUGUGCCGCUGAUGCACAUGGACGGUUUCACUGAUGGCCUUGCUACGUUUCUGGGACCGGGAACAUUUAUGGAGGGCCAGAGAUCUCACAGAUUUCAUCAAACGUCUCUUAAUUUGUGUCCCAAAGAUGAACAAACGUCUUAAUGGUUUGAAACGGCACGAGGGCGAGUCAUUAAUGACAGGAUUUUGAACCAAUCCACUGAUUGAACACACUCCUGUGUGUUUACUUGCGGUGCUGUUUAGUCCAGAACCAUUUUAUCUACAUUCAGGUGACAUGUUAUGAGAGCUUCGUUAAAAUCCCGCCCUUUUUGUAGCGGUUCCAAACCCCGCCCCGCCCUCGCCGGCGCCGGCCAAUCAGAGAGCGCGACCGGGGAUCGACGGCGCGCGCGGCGGGUUGUUCUGGAAGGGGCGGAGCUCAUUUUUCGAGCUCGUGCGGGGCGCGUUCUGUCCGAAAGAGCGCGUGAGAAUCUGCGUUCGUUCCCUCGCGGUAAGUUUGUGUGCGGAGCAGCGCUCGUUUCUCUUCUUGUCCUAUCGCAAGUCUCCAGAAGCCGAGUUCAAGGAGGACGAUCUUCUACCUCAGCGAGUUUAAAAACCACAGCGCUUGAUUCUCACUGAAAACUCCUCUCGUCGUGAUCAGUGAAAUCAUGUCUGCCUCAGCGGCUAAAGUCAGUAAAAAGGAACUGAACUCGAACCACGACGGCGGGGACGAGACCUCGGAAAAAGAGCAACAAGAAGCCAUCGAGCACAUCGAUGAAGUACAGAACGAAAUCGACAGACUGAACGAGCAGGCGAGUGAGGAAAUCCUCAAAGUCGAACAGAAAUACAACAAACUCCGCCAGCCGUUCUUCCAGAAGAGGUCGGAACUCAUAGCCAAAAUCCCCAACUUCUGGGUCACAACAUUUGUCAACCACCCGCAAGUCUCGGCUCUUCUCGGGGAGGAGGAUGAGGAGGCGCUCCACUACCUGACCAGAGUAGAGGUGACGGAGUUCGAAGACAUCAAAUCCGGCUACAGAAUAGAUUUUUAUUUCGACGAAAACAUGUAUUUCGAGAACAAAGUCCUCUCCAAAGAAAUUCACCUGAACGAAAGCGGAGACCCGACCUCGAAGUCGACGGAGAUCAAGUGGAAGCCGGGAAAAGACCUCACGAGUCGGUCCGGUCAGACGCAGAGUAAAGCGGGCAAGAAGCGGCAGCACGAAGAGCCCGAGAGCUUCUUCACCUGGUUCACCGAUCACGCCGACUCGGGGGCGGACGAGCUGGGCGAAGUCAUUAAAGACGACAUCUGGCCCAAUCCUCUGCAGUACUACUUGGUUCCGGACAUGGAGGACGAGGAGGGAGAGGGCGAGGACGAGGAGGAAGACGAGGAAGGUCUGGACGACAUCGACGAAGAGGGAGAGGACGACGGAGAGGAAGAGGACGACGACGACGGGGAGGAUGAUGACGGCGAGGACGACUGAAGCUGAAAUAGAGGAAUAUUAUCCACAUUUCCCAAAUUGCUUCUUUGGCUUUUUUUUUUUGUUGUUUUUUUGGCGAAGCAAGGCGCUUCCUUUUCCUCCUCUUUUUUUUUUUUUUUUUUUUUUUUUUCGUUUCUUGGUUUUGAGCUCCAUCUUUCCUCUAUCCUGAACUUGCCGUGUUGAAGUCCCCCGAACAGACUCGAAAUAAACUGACUGCAAAAUCUCGCCGACAUGGCAUCCACCAUCUCAAUUUCCAAAUGCAUUUCGAGGUUUAAAGAAAAAAGAAAAGAAAAAAAAAGCGAAACACUGUAGUUACCGGCCGCGCGUCGUCUGGAGUAGACCUGCGAAAUAGUGUUUUCUGUUUUGUUUUUUAUUAUUAUAAAUAUAUAUGUACAAAUAUG